AGUGAUGCAAAUACAAAAUCCUCUCUGAUGAUUCAUAAGGAGACGCCUCCCCUCUUGCUUACAAUAUUUUCUUAGCUGAUGAUAGAUUAAGUACUUUACUACAACGUUUAAGGGGUGAAUUGAUUGUAAUAUGUAACAUAUUUCUAUGUUUGAUGGAUAUGCUUCAUUCAUGCAAAGCGGAAGAAAAACAACAAUAAUUCAUUUUUUGUUAACGGGCAAAUUUGUUUAAAGUGAUACGAAACAAUAAACUGUUUGUUUGAACGGAACUAUGGCGUCAAAUGGUGAUGACAAGCCUGCAUGUCAACAUGGCGAAGAUAUGUCCGGUUCCGAUGCAGCGUCAGGGGGACAGUCUCAAAAUGAUGAUGUGAAUGUAGAUUUGGCAGAAAAGUUUUCUGCUUUCUGUGACAUAAAAAUGAAAGACCAUUUUACCUCAAAAGCCUGCAAUAAACUAGUGAAAGACUGUUUAGAAGACCAUUUUAAGUUUAAAAAGGUCAUUCUUACCAACCGAAUAGAUUCCAGUGUGUUUUCAAAGUGCAAAGAAAAAAGUAAACCGCACAUGAUCGUCAAUAAAGGUAACUGCGAGAAAUUCGUGCAAUUUACAGCAUUCGAGUUUGCAAAGCUGAAAACUGGCGAUGAGAAGCUUAGUAAAGAUGACCCUAAAGUAACUGAAAUGUAUGCAAAGGUCAAAGAUAAAAUAUUGCAUUCAACAGGACCCAAAAUUAAAACUGUUAAACAGUCUACGACAGGUAAUGUUCAAGGGCUUACAGAUACUACAAAAUAUACGGGAUCGCACAAGCUUCGUUUUGACGAGACGGGUAAAGGGCGUGGCAAGGAGGGCCGCUCAGAUGAGGGUAAGAAAUCGGGAUAUGUGGCAAGCUAUAAAGGUGAAGGGACCUUUGAGAAGGACGGAAAGGAGUGAAUUUCAAACGUUACUUUCAUUUCUAAAUGUAGAUGAUAUUGCUACUAAUUAAAGUGUGUUAUUCAAUCAAAAUUCAGUCAUAGUUAUGUAGGAUAUAAAGUAAUAAAAAUAAAAUUCGUAUUGAAAACGUGCAUCUUCAUUUUCCCUACAAGAUCAGUGAAGAUUGUGUAAUUGUUUUAAGAUAACUACGUAAACGACGAAGUAUAAACAGCUUUUUCGUCCAUUUAAAAGGCAGUUAUAUGUAUGAAAGAAUUUAUUUAUUAGUUGAUUUUACAAUGCAGUAAGAAAAGUCUGUAAUGAGGAUAAUUAUAAAGUUAUUGUUUUUCCUGGAUCAUUUUAAACAUGCAUGGCUGUAUUAAGUUACUUUACUGAUGUCAUUUAAACUUUACUGGCAUAAACAUACGUGUAUAUAUACUUCCUUAUGAGACAAAAACAG